AUGCAUCAAAAACUGCCUACGCACGGGUUCAAGUGGCUGUCGAAGGUUGAUAUCUUUACAGAGAAGAGGAUCGAGAAAUUGGUCACCGAUAAAAAGUACGGCUACAUCUUGGGGGUUGACAUCGAUUAUCCAAAGAGCCUACAUGACAAGCACAACGAGCUGCCUUUCCUGCCGGAGCGCAAGGUGGUUCAUAGGGUUGAGAAACUGCUACCAAAUCUCGAAAAUAAGCAGAAAUACGUGGUACACAUCGGGGCUCUUCAUCAAGCCCUGAAACACGGGCUUGAGCUUAAGAAGGUGCAUGGAGUUAUCCAGUUUAAUCGAAAGCUUUGGCUCCGGGACUAUAUAGACCAUAACACGAGGCUUAGAACUGUCGCCAAGAACGACUUUGAGAAGGACUUUUAUAAGCUUAUGAAUCUCUCAGUCUUUGGGAAAACCAUGGAGAAUAUCCGUAAUCAUCGGAAUAUAAAACUUGUCACCAAUGAAAAGAAGUACACCAAGCUCAUCAUAAAGCCCAACUUCAAGAGCGGGAACUACUUCAGCAGUCACCUCAUGGGCGUGGAGAUGGCUAAAACAGAGGUAAAGAUGAACAAGCCGGUGUAUAUUGGUCAAUAUAUUUUAGACAACUCGAAAAUCGUAAUGUACAACUUCCACUAUGACUAUAUGCAGCCCAAGUACGGUAGCAAGUUGCGGAUCUGUUAUAUGGACACCGAUUCCUUCGUGUACCACAUCAGAACAGAUGAUUUUUAUCGCGAUAUUGCUGAUGAUGUAGAAGCACAUUUCGACACGAGUGCUUAUAGCAAAGAUGAUGGUAGGCCUCUCCCCAUUGGUAAAAAUAAGAAGGUAAUAGGCUUGAUGAAGGAUGAGCUAGGCGGGGAAGUCAUGACUUCCUUUAUAACUCUGAGGCCCAUGGCCUACGCUUACAGGGCCCUAACAAAAGACGGCGGUGAUAGAAAGGCCAAGGGUGUUAAAAAGGCUGUGACCAAAAAAUGUAUAACAUUUGAAGAUUAUCAACGAUGUCUAGAGGAAGGUAUUGAUAUAAACAAAACUUGGCGCUGUAUACAAAAUGAGGGUCAUAAUUUAUACACCCAGGAAGUCACGAAGAUUGCGCUUAAUGCCGCUGAUGACAAAAGGAUCGUACAAGUUGAUCAAAUAACGACGCUUGCUUGGGGUCAUUACCGGCUGAAGAAGAAAUAA